AAGAUUCGCCGAAGCUCACAGCUGUUAUGGGUUUCAGGGUGGAUUCUAUGUAUUCCAACUAUUUGAUUUCUAUGCAGCAUCCGGAUGGGCACUUCUAUGGUUGCUUUUCUUUGAAUGUAUCGCAAUUUCGUGGAGUGUUGGUAUCGAUCGUUGGUACGAGCAUAUGAAAUCGAUGAUAGGGUAUUAUCCAUCUGUAUGGUGGAAAUUUUGUUGGGUUUUUGCGACACCAGCAGUCACAAUGGGAACAAUGGCAUUUGGCUUGGCCAAAUAUCAACCGCUGCGUAUUGAUGCAUAUGACUACGAUUAUCCUGCAUGGGGACACAUUUUCGGAUGGUUUCUUUCUCUAUCGUCAAUGUUGUGCAUACCUGGAUACGCUAUCUAUAUAUGGAUGGUCACUGACGGCACCAUAUCUGAGAAGAUUGAGAAGUUAUGCCGACCGAAAGUUCAGAUUGUAGUUGACGGUGAACUUGGUCGUGAAAUGGUGAUGACAGAACGUGCGCAGGAAGUUGUCUGA